AUGUUUGGUCAAGGAUGGAGGGGGACAUUAGCAGCAGCCGCUGCGCUGCUCGGUGGUACUGCUCUUGCACAGACAUGGUCAUCCUGUAAUCCAGUUAGAGGGGACUCCUGCCCCGCCAACAUAGCUCUCGGAAGAAGCGUCAAUAUCGACUUCACAAAAGGCGAGGUUAACUCCUUCAUCGCGAGCGGCGGCACACCCACCUACGGCAGCGACGGCGUGACCUUCACCGUGGCAAAGCAAGGCGAUGCCCCACAACUGACCAGCGUUUUUUAUAUCAUGUUCGGUCGUGUCGAAGUAACCAUGAAAGCCGCCCCUGGAGCCGGCAUUGUCAGCUCUCUCGUCAUGCUGUCUGAUGCGCUGGACGAGAUCGACAUGGAAUGGCUCGGCGCCGACGACCAGACCGUGCAGACCAACUACUUCCGCAAGGGUUCCGAGAGCGGCUAUGGCCGGGGUCAGUUCAACCCAGCACCUAACAACCAGGCUCAGUUCAUCACGUACACAAUCGACUGGACCCCGGAGCGAAUCGCGUGGUACGUCGGCGGCACAGUCGUGCGGACAGUGACCUACGAAGAAGCCGCUGGCGCCUACCCACAAACUCCGAUGCAAAUCAAGUUUGGUGCGUGGGCAGGCGGUGAUCCGAACAAUGCCCCAGGCACGAUCGAAUGGGCGCGUGGGCCAACUGACUAUUCCAAGGGCCCAUUCUCCAUGAUCGUCCGCUCGGCAGUCAUCACGGACUACUCGACAGGCCAGAAAUACUACUACAGCGACACAUCGGGCAAUUGGCAGUCGAUCCGGUCGGAGGGCGGCGAAAUCAAUGGCAACGCGGGCAACGCGGGCAACAUCAAGGUGACGGCGACCGCACCGGAACCGACGCACACCAUUGCGCCGUCCAUUCCGCUAGGUGGAAUCGCUCCCGGCACCACCGUCACGACGCGGACGCCGUCGCCGACUGGGCCGAUUCCAGAUGGUUGGAGGAUCACGGAUGAUGGCAAGAUCGUGCCGAUUGGCUCCAGCACUAUCUCCCCAUCCUCGGACGGUUCCUCCUCGGCUGGUUCUUCUGGCUCGUCCUUCACUACUAGCGUAGUCCCGAUCGCGACCCCGAACGACGGUGACGGCAGCAGCAAUGGCAAUGGGGCCCGUCCGACAUCUGCCCCUCUUGUGGAAGAUGCUGCCUCGAUGGCCACUAUCUCUGGUCUUGCUGCUGCUGCUGUGUCUGUGUUCACCUCCCUGAUCGUUGGAUUUGGGGGGACACUUCUCAUCCCAUUUUUCUAG